CAACUAGAAACAGUUCACUCUGAAGACAAGUAUCUUACCUUCAGGCUUUUGUUACAUCAACAUGUCGUCUUCUCUACUAUUCGUAGCUCUGGUUUGCUUCGCAUCAUGCGUGGUGGUUUAUACUCAAGAUGGCGGCCAAGGAGGUCAAGGCGGUGGCAUGUCUCGACCUUCGUGGAUUAUGCCGAAUGAGCAAGAGAAGAAAAUUUGUGAAGAUAAUGCAAAUGGAAGAACCGUAGUUGAAGCCAAAAAGGAUCGGCCUCUAUCUUGUCACGUGUUGUGCUACUAUGACGAUGGGUCUGAUGAGAUGUACAACUCACCAGACAGGCAACUUUGCUGUGAUGUAGGUGGUGUCAUGCCAACAGGAUUCUGCAAAAAUGGAAAAUGCCCAAUCGGAGGAAUGUUUGGUUGAAUCUGUCGAAUAGAAAACGUUUUACAACUUACAAUUCCUACACAAUGAAUGUAUCAGUGAAUGAAAUAAAAUUGCAGUAGCCUCUGUU